CACGGAGCCUCCGGAAGCGCAAAGUCCGGCCGGCCAUGAGCCAUGACAUCGGCCGUGAUGUUUCUGGCUCCAUACAGCGCAGCCUGCCAAAUCGAACUUUGUCGAACACUGUUGUCUGACACUUCUUUGAACAUAACUCCUACAUAGUAGUCCAGAGCGAAGGGCACGACUGUACUAGCAUCCUCUACCUGCUCUGGACACCGACUGCAGUGCUCCCCGCGGCUCCAGCUCAAUCAAAGCAACCUGAGCAGAAGUGUGUUGUGUCCGCUUCAAAACACAACCCGCAACAAUACAGCAUUGCACUGCAGGAGAAGCGCACAGUACAUAGCAUGCAGUCCCUACCGGCGCGCAGUGCGCAAACACACAUCCAGACUCUAGCUGCUGCUCUCGAGCAGCUUUUUCACUCUCCUCGUGGCAUGUCAUCGUUGCCAGUGCACGCACGGCGAGCAUUGCAUCAGCAGCUCCAAUCCCACCGAGCAAACCUGUCGCGCCAGCAGAGAACGCUUCGGACAACUACUAGCACACCUGCCACGAGAUCGAUAUGCCAGUCCUCUCAGAGGGUGUCUACUUCGACCAAUUCUAAUUCCAAUUCUCUCCGAGCCUAUUCCGGCCGCUCUCAAACUCGACAAUUCACAUCCUCUUCCACCACAAGUCCCUUUUCACAAGUUCUUCGACAACGGCGCCGAACACCUACUUCGACCAACAAGAGCGGCGGAUCUCGUGGCAGCAAUGGGAAUGGCAACAGUCGUCGGUCCUACUCCUCAUCGUCCAGCAGCGGAUCUGGAUCUGCCUCCGAAGAGAAACUCAGCUUCUCCCAACGCAUGAAAAAAUUGUCCCGCGAAUACGGCUGGUCCGCACUAGGUGUCUACUUGAUGCUAACGGCACUCGAUUUCCCAUUUUGCUUUCUUGCCGUGCGCUGGCUGGGAACCGACCGCAUCGGCCAUUGGGAACACGUGGUAGUAUCCUACGUCAAGGGGCUGCUGAAGUGGCCGGUGGCGUCACAGGCCGAGAUUGAUGAUGCCGUUGAAAAGGCGGACAAAGAGGCUGUUGAAAAGGCGACAAAUAAAAAAGUCCUCGAGGAAGAGAAACAGAGUCUAGAUGGUGUCAGUGAUCAUGGUUACAAGGAGGCGGAAAAGGCGAAUUCGGGGGCUAAUGCGAGUAUAUGGACUCAAUUGGCUCUUGCGUACGCCAUUCACAAGUCCUUUAUUUUUAUUCGGGUCCCUUUGACCGCGGCGAUUACUCCGAAGGUGGUAAAGACGCUUCGGUCUUGGGGUUGGAAUAUUGGCAAAAGGCCCAAGAGUAGCGGCAGCGGCAGCAAAGCUGUUUCGUCGCCUUCUUCUCAAUCCGUUGGUGUCAAUACGAAAGGCUCGAAAGUGAGGCCAGAAGACUAAGCAUGAAUCUCCAAAAAGCGGCAUUGCUACAUAGGUUUCUUGGAACGCUGUGCCGAGAGAAGAGCAUAAAUUAUAUGGCUGAUCAGGAGGCUAUAAUAUAAAGAAAAUACAGGAACUGUCCAAACUGGGGCACGUCUCAUCUCAUAUCAUCUCGCUUUCGGCGGGCAGGAUGGGCAUAGGAACUUUGUCUUACUUUGUGUGUUGAUACAAUGUGGAGAUUCUGUCUUAUAUACUCCUCGAUUUCUGACUCUAGGGUGUCCUUUCUCCGGUCCGUCGAGUGCACAUGUGCAUCCUAAUCAGCAUUGCCCAGAACUGUCGUAGCCGACGGAUGAGCGUUCCAAUGUUGGGCAUGACCAUGUCUUCCAGAGGUUUAUCAGAUUCAGCUUUGUGGGGUGCCUUCGGUGGAGAAGCAGCGCAGGAGAAAGAUUGCCUCCCAGCCAUAGACGGUAUGUUAUGCAUCAACCCUGCAAUUUUUUCC